AUGGCAUCAAUAAACUGCAAGAGUCGGCGAGACGAUAUUCCUACGGACGGUUUCACUCAUCCAUCAUUUGCUUUGCUGAAAGAAGUUUUUAAGCGAAAUUUUGAAAUGAACUUAGAACCCAGUGGCGCUGCAUUUGCUGCUUAUCAUCGUGGUAAACUUGUCGCUGAUCUUUAUGGUGGUUACUCGGACAAGGAUAAAAAAUUGCCUUGGAGAGAAGAAACAAUGACAAUAUUAUUCUCUACCACUAAAAGCCUUGCAUCGAUAUGUCUUGCUAUUUUAAUUGAUCGCGGAAAAGCAAGUUACGAUGAUCUUGUUUGCAAAUAUUGGCCUAAAUUUGCGAAUAACGGAAAGGGGUGCAUUACGAUAAAGCAAGUGGUUCAACAUGAAGCUGGUUUACCUUAUGAUAAUCAAAUUCUUAGCGUUAACGAUGUGCUAGAUCACGAAAGGAUGGCAAAAUUCUUUGAAAGGAUGACACCUCUAUGGCAACCAGGAGAAAAAUGCGGGUAUCAUGCAUUAACAUUCGGAUUUCUUGUAGAUCAACUGGUACGCCGAUUAGAUGAUAAGAAGAGAGGUGUCGUCGAAUUUUUCCAUGAAGAAAUAGUCUCUAAACAUGGUUUGAAUGGAAUUUCCAUUGGGCUUGAAAAUGACGAGCAAAACGAUCGAGUCGCAUAUAUUACUUCGAUAACUGACGAGCAAAUAAAACUUGAAGCCGAACAAAAUCCAGAAGGAGCCAGAAAAUAUAAAUUGGCCGAUAAUAUUCAUAAUAAAAAAUUAUAUGAAAGCUGGCCAUGGAUCCAAAUUCAUCAUUAUAACAAGCUGGAAAAUCGAAGAAUUCCUAUGGCGUCUAAUAUGGGAAUUGGAACAGCGCGGGAUCUCGCAAAAGUCCAUUCAUUGAUCGUUGAAGGAAAGCUUCUCUCCGAACGAUUUCUCCGCCAAAUCCAAUAUCCACAACUUGACGAAAUGGACAUCAUAAACGGUUAUCCAGAAAAUAAAGGAUUUGGAUGGAUUUAUAAUAAAAACACAUUGGGAAAUUGGAACUUCGGUCAUUCAGGUUAUGGUGGACAAAAUGUACGCGUUGACUUGGAUUCUAAGCUAGCUUACGCUUAUAUCUGCAGUGGCCUUAAAGCAGCGGACGCCGAUAAUGUCAGACCUUUUGCGAAUCUUCAAGCUUGCUUAUAUGAAUGUUUAAAAAAAAACUGCAGCUAG